AUGCAAAGAAAGUUUGGAACGCUUCAAAGAUUAAAAAUAAACAAUAUACCAAUACUAUAUCUACCUGGUGCAGUGGACGGUGUUGGACUAACUGUAGUGGACGAUGUUGGACCAACUGUAGUGGACGAUGUUGGACUAACUGUAAUGGACGAUGUUGGAUCAACUGUAGUGGACGAUGUCGUACUAACUGUAGUGGACGAUGUCGUACUAACUGUAGUGGACGAUGUUGGAUCAACUGUGGUGGACGAUGUUGGAUCAACUGUAGUGGACGAUGUUGGAUCAACUGUAGUGGACGAUGUCGUACUAACUGUAGUGGACGAUGUUGGAUCAACUGUGGUGGACGAUGUUGGAUCAACUGUAGUGGACGAUGUCGUACUAACUGUAGUGGACGAUGUUGGAUCAACUGUGGUGGACGAUGCUGGAUCAACUGUGGUGGACGAUGUUGGAUCAACUGUAGUGGACGAUGUCGUACUAACUGUAGUGGAUGAUGUUGGAUCAACAGUGGUGGACGAUGUUGGAUCAACUGUAGUGGUCGAUGUUGGAUCAACUGUAGUGGUCGAUGUUGGAUCAACUGUAGUGGUCGAUGUUGAAUCAACUGUAAUGGACGAUGUUGGAUCAACUGUAAUGGACGAUGUUGGAUCAACUGUGGUGGACGAUGUUGGAUCAACUGCAGUGGACCAUGUUGGAUCAACUGUGGUGGACGAUGUUGGAUCAACUGCAGUGGACGAUGUUGGACCAACUGUAAUGGACGAUGUUGGAUCAACUGUAAUGGACGAUGUUGGAUCAACUGUAGUGGACGAUGUUGGAUCAACUGUAAUGGUCGAUGUUGGAUCAACUGUAGUGAACAAUGUUGUAUUAAUUGUAGUGGAUGGUGUUGUACUAACUAAAACAAACAUGACUUGA